UUUGCAACACCUGCUGUUCACAGCUGGCCAGAUUUCCCUACUUGGAGUUUAAAAUUGGUAGAGUUUGUUACCUGUGUACAGCGGCGAUAAAACAAGCAACUAAGCAGAAAAAGUUGCAGAAACAAUUGGUGAGUAAUGCACAAGAAUCUAGGAGGAUGCCAGAAAAGCCUCUUAACUCACCCGCUUCAAUACAGAAUCCAAAGGGGUUGCCUCAGAGAAUUGCAGUGACCAACGCAAAUGCACAAGGAAAUUCUUCAUCGGCUCCACAUACUUCUGUCUUGCCUGGGGAAGUUGUGGCGGCAAAUAUGCAGCCACAAAGGAAUUCACCAUCACUUCCCCUUGCACAAGGUCUAAGAACAUCCACGCCGUCCAGUGUACCUGUGCCUCAGGGAAGCGUGUCAAACCAGCCUCUUCAAUAUCAACCAUUAACAUGGCCACCAGUGUCGUCUGGGAGGGUUCAAAAUACUGCGACACCAUUACAACCUGUUGCACCCUCAAAUAACCCUUCACAAGGAUCCCAGAGUCUUACCAGACCUGCCCAACCAGCUAAACAGUACAUGUGGGUGCCUGCUUCCCAUGUCCAACAACCAGCUGUACCUGUUGUUUAUAUGAAUCCUGUUGCACCUAAUUUACCAGGGAGACCCAUGUUGAUGACUUAUCCACCAGGGCAGCAGUUCAUUCCACAGCAGGCUCCAGUUGUGCUGCUCCCUAACCAGCUGCCUUCUACUUCAUCCUUGGUUCAGGCAACUGAAGCACCUAAAACCUCUAGUGGCAGUUUGAAAGGCACAGUCCCAGUUUCAAACCGACCUCCUUCUGGGACAGUAACAACUUUUAGUGUCUUGCCACAACACGUGGGACAGGCUGCUGUCCUUGGCCAUAACACUGGAAGUGUGAAAACGACGACAACAACAACAACAACAUCAACGAUAGCAACAACUGUAAUUAAUCAAGUUUCCAGCACUUCAAGUUCAGCUCCCUCCAGUCAAAUACAACCUCCCUCGUUUCAGUCACUUCAGCAAACUAUCCCAGAACCCAGUGAAGAGGCUCUCACUUCAAACCACAACCUUCCCUCUACUUCUGUACUUGAUCAGACUCCAUCCCAUGCGGUUACCACCGCUUCACCAUCUCAGAGGGAAUCCCCUUCUGUGGCAAGCAGCUCCAGCGGGGAUCACCAAUCUCAAGAAAGUCUUACUGGAAGCCAACGUUCAAGGCAAUCAGAAGGUAGUGUUCUGGUUUCUGAUGAAACAGACCCAAACACCAAAGAUACCCAGCUACCGUUAAGGAGAGCUGGAAGGACUAUUACGUGGCGUCACAGAACCCAGGGAAAGAGCAAAUUACGAGAGAAGAAGAAGUCUAUAGCAAAAAAUUUAAAAGAACUUCCCGAUGGCAUAACAGUUCAGGCCACAGCAGACCUCUUCGUUCACGUCAAGAAAAUGAAAUUAAAAGAGGGAAACAAAGACAUUUCAGUGUGGUGCUAUCUGAGUGAGGGUCUCGGCAAGUUCAAUCAUUUAGAGGUGGUGGUUUUGUUGGAAAUACGGAAAAAGGAGGAAAUCUUUCCCGAAGAAGUUUUGCGGGUCUAUAGAGGCAUUUUACAUCUGGCUUCAAAAAUGGAUCAUCGUUUUUACCAUGGCAACUAUUUAUCGAGCAACAACCAGUUUCUUGAUGGUCCUGAUGAUGCUGGCUUCAUUCUUGUCUCAAGUGAACUUAAGCCCAAACCUCAGGGAUUAAAAGGAACAAAGACACCUUUCUUGUACGGAAUCCUGGUGAAAAGAUCGGAACUUUCUGCUGCCAUGUUCACACCAAGCAGGCUUCUUCUUCGACUGGGAAAUCAAAUGAACAGUUUCCCGUUUCCGGUGUGGAAUAAUCGGGACCGAAGACCAAUUCUUCUUGGUAACCAACAUGAAGACAGAUUCUUUCACACUGUGUCUGCCAUGAACAAAUACUUGAAAAACAGCGUGCCUGAGGCUAUGAUCCCUGGACUGUAUGUGAUACAAGAACGAAACAAAAUUGUCUUGCAGAUCCCAAAAAGUGAGCAGAGCGCGGUUGUUGGACUCUUGGAUCGUCUGAUAAAGAAGGAAAACCAAACAGCCACUUUGCCUCUUUUGGCUGACAUACCACCGUAUGUGGAUAGCUGUAAGGUUGUGGUGUGCGGUGAAAACGGGAAAAAGACCGUGAAAUCGUUCGGAAACGCAAAUGACGAUUCAGUUGUAGGACUGGGUUUUGUAUUGCUUCAUCUUGGAGUUGAUGCUUCGUCGCCUCUUAGCUUUGGAGGGGAGCUUUUGGACGAUGGUGUCCUGAUUUUCUUCUCGAAGUCCCACACGCUCAAGCUUAGACAGAGCUUGCAAGGGAAAACCAAUUGUUAUUUCUUUCUGGGCGAUAAAUUUGAUAUCGCACAUUUCGAGCUGCGUUGGACGGCAGACGCUAAUUAUCACGUGUUGCCGUCAUCGCUCCAAAACAGCGAACCUCAUCCUGCGGAGACGACCACUGAGGAUACGACACCGAAAGAACCUGGGGCUGGCUCCUUUCCAGGCCACGCAACCAUCGGUGUUCACUACUCGGGAUUUGGAAACGAGGUUGAAAUUUUGAGGCAAGUGUUUGACGACUAUGGCAAGAUCCUUCAAGUCUUGGAAGGAGACAUUCGUCGAGCAUGCACGGAGCCACUCAUGAAACACUCCAAAAAGAUGAAGGCAGGUGACAUUGAGGAUUUGCAAUUGCGUGUUGUGCUUAGGCCAAGUUACAAGAAAUGGUCUGUGGGUCCCAGUGAUUUGCCAACAGCUCUGAUCCGGUCUCUUCAAAUGGUUCUUCACACGGUCAAGGUUCCCAUGGUCUUUGAGGGAGAACUGGUGAUGAGUUUCUAUGUCAGUGUCCUUAAAGAGUAGUAUUCCUUGGUGGUAUACCCAUGAUGCACUGGAAUCGUGAGGAAAACGUUUUUAACUUUUUCCAGCGUUUUUUGAAAAAGUAGAUAUUUAAGAUAAAUUUACGCGUAUAGACGAAAGAGUAAUGCUGGCACCCAUGAGGUAACCGGCAGAGAGUUGUGUAGAAAUUGUGUAGAUAUGUUUAGUUAAAAGCAUAGUGUAACUAUUGACUUCUUAUGUCCGGUCUUAUGUCAGGUCAGAUUAAGCUUAAACUAAAAAAUUCAAAUGCAAUUAUUCAAAGAUUUAUGAAGUGUUAUUGCGGCCCAGAAAAUACCUAACGAAUGUCUGGUUCUGCGUAAAAGUAGUGUGUGUGAUAUCUGGAGAAUCGUCCGCAAAUUUGAAUGAAGUUGGUGCCUGCAAUGUUAGAAAAAAAUAUAUAUAUGGGUGAUCUGGUUAAGUGCCCCGUUAAAUGAUUAGAAAACGAAUAAUUAUCUGAUAUUUUGUAGCGGAGCAGCACCUGGCUGGUCAUUUAUGUUCACACUGCCUAUUACUGCAGGGAUUUUUUCACAGAUAGAAUUGUCCUCCCACCCCUACCCCGCGUUAACCCAUCUUCGAAAAAAGAGACAAUAGAAAAAAAUAAAACCCUUAACAGGUGGGAAUGGUAAGCUGUUGUUCUCAAUUCCGGCUUCAUAAAAGUUAUGUGUAAUUUUCAUAAGUGUAAAGCUUGUUUAUCUGUGUUGUUCGACAACUAUAAAAGUUAAAAAAAAAAAACGUUCAUAUUUUAUUCAACAUUUCCAAGUUUAUGACCCCUUCCAUGGAAGAAUGGAUUGUGUCCUAAGUUAUCAUGAUGAGAGUUCUUGAAGGAAGAGUGUUUGCUGUUGACCCUCUCACUCCUGUGAUCCGAUUGGUAACUGUUCCCUUUAGGUGCCAUAGGUUUUUUUUUCUUUUCUUUUUUUUUUUUUUUUUUUUGCUUUAUGCGUGUUGAAUAGAAUUCAAUGUCAUUAUCUGCCUUUUGACUGAGUGGAAAGGCCGGACUGGAAAUUAUUUGGUUCUAAGUCAUGAUGGACUUUAUGUCCGAGUGAGAGGCAAAUGUUUUCUUUUACAGCUUUCCCACCCAGUCGGGCAGCGCUCAGGGGCGAGAUGAAGCGAUUCCUGUGUACUGAUUGGCUACCCGAGCGGGCAAGAUGGGCUCGGAAUCGCUCGCUCUAAUCCUGCGCAAAACAAGGAACGUGGAGCGGACUUAUAAAGUUCGCAGCUUUUGGACAAUGUCGGCGACGAAGUCGCAAAUAGUGGUAAAAGACAGUCAACAAAAAAAUAAAUAAAUAAAUAAUCAACCCUCUUGGGUUUAUUUUGCUACAAA